CUGUCUGCGCCUGUGCAGACACCACCAGGGCUACGCUAGCUGUUGCCGCUGUAGCUCUAUGGUCUCUCUCGCUGGACCUUAGUUGUGGGUUAGCCGCUGUAGUCGUGUGCUUUGCGGGUCUCCCAAGCGGCAGCAACAUGGAAGAAUUCGACUCGGAAGACUUCUCCACCUCGGAGGAGGACGAGGACUACGUGCCGUCGGGUGGUGAGUAUAGUGAAGACGAUGUCAAUGAAUUGGUGAAGGAAGAUGAAGUGGAUGGUGAAGAACAGACACAGAAAACCAAAGGGAAAAAAAGAAAGGCUCAGAGCAUUCCAGCCAGGAAAAGAAAACAAAGUGGCCUCUUGUUAGACGAUGAAGAGGAGGAUGGCAAAGAAGAAUCUGGAGGAAGUAGCAGUGAAAAAGAAGGUGAAGAAGAACAGGACAGAAGCAUUGGGUCAGAGAAUGCAAGGAAAAAGAAGGAAGAUGAACUGUGGGCCAGCUUCCUCAAUGAUGUACGACCAAAGCCAAAAGUGUCCCCUGCUACUCAAGUUAAAACGGGAGAGGAGACUGAAGAAACGAAUUCAAGUAAAUUGUUAGUCAAAGCAGAAGAACUAGAGAAACCUAAAGAAAAAGCAAAGGUCAAAAUCACCAAGGUGUUUGAUUUUGCUGGUGAAGAAGUGAGGGUGACUAAGGAAGUGGAUGCUGCAUCUAAAGAAGCCAAGUCCUUUUUGAAGCAAAAUGAGAAAGAAAAACCACAGACUGAGGUUCCUUCAGCUGCACCUUCGCUCCCUGCUGGUUCAGGGGUAAAAAGAUCAAGUGGCAUGAGCAGCCUUUUGGGGAAAAUUGGAGCCAAGAAGCAGAAAAUGAGCACCCUUGAGAAAUCUAAAUUGGAUUGGGAAAGCUUCAAGGAGGAAGAAGGGAUUGGUGAAGAACUAGCCAUCCAUAACCGAGGGAAAGAGGGGUACAUUGAACGCAAAGCUUUUCUAGAACGGGUGGACCACAGGCAGUUUGAAAUUGAACGAGAUCUCAGGCUGAGCAAAAUGAAACCUUGAUGUUCUGGAGAGAAUCAGUAGCAGUUUAAUCCUGUCAACAAUGUGAGCUGUUUGGGUGUCUAUUUCCAAUAUUCUUCCUCCUGUUUUCCAGCAAGGCCUUUUUUCUAUAUUGAAGUUUCAUUUAUGUAUCUUACUCUCAUGGCUUCAUUUUACUUUUGAACAUUUGUCCUUCAUUACAAUAAACAAAUAAAAGCUGGAGCUCUG